AUGGAAACUGUUGGAGGUUUAGUGAAACUAAGAGGUCUAGCGAAAAAGUAUUGUGAAGACGAUACUCAAGUCAAUUUCAAUGAACUAUACAGGCAUGUUUUUACUGAUGAGCCAAGUGUGCAAUAUCUUGAUGUUUUACUCAGUUGGAAAGUGCUAGACAAAAUAAUACUUCUUAUAGUGGAAGGCAGGCACUUAGAUACUUUGAAAUUUUAUAAAUUUUCAUUAAGAUUAUUUGUACAUGAAUAUUUCAGAAGAAAUGGCGAUAAACAGAGAGUAAAGGAUGUGUUUUUUUUGCAAUUGGAUAAUAAUCUUAGGUGGAAAUUUGUUGAUAAAUUGGCAAACUUUGUAAUUGAUAAAUCUAUAAAAGACUACGAGGUUAGGAUAGACAUUUUGAGAUUUUUAACGAUUUUACAACUAAAUGAGGAGUUUGGAAGAUAUAUUUUCGUGAAUUUCAUCCAUGAUACUGACAUCCAGUUGAAUUAUUCAUUGGAGAAUAUCGGCGAUGCCUUGUCCAAAGACGUUACUAAUAUUAAAGAUAAGAGAAAGAAUCAGCAUUGGUUGUUACAACUAAUCAAUAGUUUUGGAAGCAAGAACGAUGUAUCCCCUACAAAUUGGCAAUGUGCUAUUAUCAAGUUUUUAUUUGCUUGGUGUUCAAGUCACAAAUACGGGGAAUAUAUUCAAUUGUUUCUAAAAGCAGUAGGUGUGCCAUCAUACUUUGCAAUAUAUGCUAGUCAAGGGACAAUUGAGUUGGUAAACCUUUUGAAACAUGUUUUGGAAAUCGACUAUUGCGAUGUCACUUUCUCCCAAUUUAGACAGACUUUACGCCUCAUGUUUAAGGAUCGUGCUCGACUUAUAUACAAGGUUAUAUCGUUCAUUUCGCUUUAUGAUUGCCCUUUUGAGGACUUUUCAGUAUUGCUUAAUGAGUAUUUAACUGUUUCAGAAGCAAAGAAAUUGCUUGAUCGAUUUAUCCCUACCGAAAAGCAAGUGAGUCUUGGCUGUUUAAAGCAAUUAACAGACGAUGAUGAUAAAAAACGAUUUUACAUAGAUAUACUAUUGACACAAGUAUAUCAGUCAAAUGAAUACAAACCUCAUUUUUGGAAAUCCAUCACAGAAAACAGCUUUGAAGAUAUUCCUGGGGAUAUGAAGUUUGUAACUCAUUACCCAACUAUUUCAAGAGUAGCGGAAACAAUAACCCUCGAGAAUAAAUACGAUGCACUCCGUGAAAUAGACAAUCAUUUAAAGGCUGUAAUGGGGAGGGUAAAUCCAAAGAAUGCUCUUUCGUAUACUGGCUCAAGUAAAUAUUUUGCAAAAAUUGAAAGUCUUGUCACAUUACUGCCACAUGAAUAUGAAAUCACCCUUGAUGAACGUUUUGGGGGAGAUGAUUUUAGAUUUGCUGUUGGUGUUACUAUUUGUAAACCAGUGAAAGGGAAUAGUCUUAGGAACUUAGGUAUUGAUUUAGUAAGGGUUGGCAGAAUCUCGAAGCAGAAUAAAACUUAUAUAUUCAAGUGUGAAAAUCUUGAGGGAGCAAACGUUACUCAUGUGAUAUUUUUGCCAAACACACCAACUUUGAAGGCUUUAGAAGUGUUGUCUUAUAAUAACGAAAUGAGUCACGCUCAAAAUAUGACGAAUACUCUGUUGGUUGCCAAAUCUCUUUUUGACAAUAGUACGGGGGAUAGAACUGAAGAUACUAACAAUCUGUUAUCGAUAUCUCAAACUUUUUUUGCUAAGAAAUAUGAUGACGUUUCACUGGUGCUUCCUGAUAUUACGGAUUUUCAUACUAUAGUUCUCACGCCAUCAGAGUCUUUUCUUCAGCAAUACAAAAAUGUUUUAUUGAUUAGGUAUGGAGAUGAGCAAUCGGUCAAUGCUGUUUUAAGAUAUGCAAGUGAAUAUUUUGAAAAGAUGCAAGAAGUGCUUGGGAAUGGAGAUGUUUUACAAUUGAAACAAAUUUCGCUGCCUUUGCAACUUGAUCAGAUUUUAGACAAUUGUCUUGGCAAGUGGAAUAACAGUGUUAAGGGUAUUCUGGCUGAUAAUAAUGAGUUGCCCAAUGAGUAUUUAAAGAUUGUGAAAAAUCCUAUAUCUAAUUCAAAUGAGGCAGUGAGGGAGACAAAAGUUUUAAAGCAAACUAUGAGAGUUAUUCGGAAAGUGUGGUUUACACUUGGGAAAGACCUCAAUAUGACAAUGUGGAAUUAUAUUUGUAACACCUUUUCUGUUGUAAUGACAGUGGAUGAUUGGUUAAAUGUCUUUGAUAAAAUACAGGUUGAUACAUCUUUUGUAUAUGUAAACUGUAAUGUUCUGGUACUUUUGAUGUCUUAUUUCAAAGUUGAUUGGCAGAAACAACGGCUGGGUAGCAUUAAAGUUAUUGGUGGCGAGUUGGAAGAUUUUUUUUCAUUCAAAAUUCCAAAUGAAAUUAUUCCCAAAAGCCCAUCUAGUCUGAAUAUUUCCACAUUCAAUCCCGGAUUGGGUAGUGCAAAACAACUUGUAUCUGUUCAAAACCAACUUGAAGAAGCUGAACUAUGUGUGCUAUUAUUUCGCUAUAUGCGAGCUUUAGAUUACCCGCGUGAGUCAAUUGGUAUCUGGGUAUCCUGUAAGAGGCAGUUGGAUCUAAUCAAUGAAAUUGCGAAAAAUUCAAAUUUAGAUAAAAAUGUUGGAAUGCCAUUUGUGCUUUUCAAUAAAUCGGGAGCUUAUGAUUAUGAUCAUGUCAGUUACUCUAUUGUAUCUUUAUUCACUGAUUCAGGGUAUAAAGAGCUUGAUUGUCCUGGUAGUUUGGGGAACUACUACUUUAGUAGUAAUAUUGAAAUAGACAAGGAUUUGCUUGGCUUAUCUGAUUCAACAACAGAUUACAGGUUAAAUAUUGUUCAAGGAGAAAAGUUUGGUUUAAAGGAGAGGACUAAAGAAAGCAUAGUUACUGUGCAAAGUAAAGUCCAAUUUCAAAAAAUAAUAGAUCAUUUAUAA